UGGGUCAUACCUAAUUAAAAAUGCAUUUUGUGGUGCUUUUUUCGUGUCUGGUCUUCACGGUAUCUGGUGUGCCGACAAUCUAUCAGCCUGCCAAGGAAAUCCUUAAGGGCUUGGCAUUGCAACCUGAGUUUCCGGAUGACCUCCAUCGUAUCGUAAACGGACAGGAAGCCUCCCCCGGAGAGUGGCCCUGGCAGGUGUCCCUCCAGUACCGUCAGUUCUCGUUCCUGCAGUUUUCUCACAUCUGUGGAGGAUCCCUCAUCAGACCAAACUGGGUCCUCACCGCCGCCCACUGUGUUGAUGGAAUGUCAAGUUCUAAUUUGCGCAUUGAAGCUGGAAUCCACAGAGUGUCUGAGAAUGGUGCUACACGUUCCAUCAACAGAAUCAUCAUGCACCCUCAGUAUUCCUCAUCUGGUGCAGGUUACCCUAACGACAUAGCCCUGUUGGAACUCUCUUCAUCCUUCAUGGUUGGCGGGAAUACCCAGCUUGCCACUCUACCUACAAAUAUAAAUGAAGAUUUUACCUACAAUACCGACUGCUUUAUCACAGGUUGGGGAAGAACUUCAGGAGGUGGAUCUGUUUCUGAUGUCCUCAUGGAGGCACAGAUGACCAAUAUUGAAAACACCGAAUGUGCCAACCGCUGGUCAAGCAUCAAUGGUGCCGCCAUUUAUGAUUCCCACAUCUGUCCAUUCGAACCCAGCAAAUCUGCUUGCAAUGGAGACAGUGGUGGUCCCUAUGUCUGCAGAAAGAAUGGUAAUUAUAUGUUGGCUGGAGUGACGUCAUGGGGCAUCAGCACGUGCGAUGGAUCGUACCCGAGUGUUUAUACCAGGGUGUCCAAGUAUUUGGACUGGAUGGCAAACUACAUCUAAAUCCUGGGUCUCUAACAUUGAUGAAUAAAUGUUGAAAAUAA